UCAGAGAGGGAGCUGACCGUGUCCUCAGCGCUGAGUCUGCUUCCUGACCACAGCAGGGACUUUAGGAGACUUUGAACUAUCAGCAGCUCCUACAGGACAUCAGAGGAGCAGGCUGUGGGUAUCAGCAUUCAGUCUUACAACUCCCUCAAUAUCACUGUAUUAUGGGGAAAAUGUUUAGAAACUAAAUAGACAUUUUUGCAUCAAGUUUUAAACUGGUUCGUUUACCUUUACACCACUGGGAUCUUCCUUGAACUGUCAGACAUCUAAUGAUCAAAAACAGACCGCCAGUAGCACAGAUGUCCUCAGUGGUUGCUCCUGUUCAAGAUUCCAAUACUAUGGGUCCCAAGGAGGUGGAACUCAUUCUUGUUAAAGAGCAAAACGGGGUCCAAUUCACUAAUUCAGCAUUGGUUAAUCCAUCUCAAACGAACACUCAGACUGAAGAAAGAGAGACAUGGAACAAGAAGAUAGAUUUUCUCCUAUCUGUUAUUGGAUUUGCAGUGGAUUUAGCCAAUGUUUGGAGAUUUCCCUACCUUUGCUACAAAAAUGGAGGAGGUGCCUUUCUGGUUCCAUACCUCUUUUUCAUGGUUAUUGCAGGGAUGCCUCUUUUCUACAUGGAACUAGCUUUAGGACAAUUUAAUAGAGAAGGAGCAGCUGGCGUUUGGAAAAUAUGUCCCAUAUUCAAAGGGGUUGGUUUUACCGUCAUCUUGAUCUCCCUAUAUGUCGGAUUCUUUUACAUUGUAAUAAUAGCCUGGGCUAUUCAUUACCUGUUCUCCUCAUUCACUUCUGAGCUGCCUUGGAUCCAUUGUAACAACUCUUGGAAUAGUCCCAACUGUUCAGAGAUAAAUUAUAAUAUAUUCAAUGAUCUAAACAGUUCAUAUGUCGGCGAUCCUUACAUGGCCACACCUGCUGCAGAAUACUUUGAACGAGGUGUUUUACACCUUCAUGAAAGUCAAGGAAUCCAUAAUUUAGGAUUGCCUCGUUGGAAACUGACAUCCUGCCUUCUUGUUGUGAUCGUGUUCCUCUAUUUCAGUUUGUGGAAAGGAGUGAAAACUUCUGGCAAAGUAGUGUGGAUUACAGCCACCAUGCCCUAUUUUGUUCUAACAGCACUGCUUAUUCGUGGCAUUACUCUCCCUGGAGCUAUUGAUGGCAUUAAAGCGUAUCUAAGUGUAGACUUUCUUCGGCUCUGUGAGGCUUCGGUUUGGAUUGAUGCCGCCACUCAGAUCUGCUUUUCGCUUGGUGUGGGGUUUGGUGUGCUAAUCGCAUUUUCGAGUUACAAUAAGUUUUCAAACAACUGCUAUAGAGAUGCCAUCAUUACUACUUCUGUUAACUCCCUGACAAGCUUUUUCUCAGGAUUUGUGAUAUUCUCCUUCCUUGGAUACAUGGCUCAAAAACAUAAUGUCCCUAUUGGUGAUGUAGCAAAAGAUGGACCAGGUCUAAUAUUCAUUAUAUAUCCAGAAGCCAUUGCAACGCUACCUCUUUCAUCGGUUUGGGCUGUGAUCUUCUUCAUUAUGCUUCUCACACUAGGAAUCGACAGUGCAAUGGGAGGAAUGGAAUCGGUCAUCACUGGGCUUAUUGAUGAAUUUAAAUUUCUGCAUAAACAUCGGGAGCUCUUUACCCUUUUUAUCGUUCUCUGCACAUUCUUUAUAUCUCUUUCCUGUGUAACCAAUGGUGGAAUAUAUGUUUUCACUUUGCUCGAUCACUUUGCUGCUGGUACUUCUAUUCUUUUUGGUGUUCUAUUUGAAACAAUAGGAAUUGCCUGGUUUUAUGGUGUUGGACGAUUUAGUGAUGACAUUGAGGAAAUGAUUGGAAAAAGACCUGGCCUGUACUGGAGACUUUGCUGGAAGUUUGUUAGUCCUUGCUUUCUACUGUUUGUUGUUGUUGUCAGUUUUGUAACAUACAGGUCUCCAAAAUAUGGAAAUUAUACCUUCCCAGAAUGGGCAAACAUCAUUGGUUGGCUAGUAGCCAUUUCAUCAAUGGCUAUGGUACCUAUUUAUGCUAUUUAUAAAUUCUCAACUCUUCAUGGAUCCUUUCGAGAGAAAAUUGCAUAUGCGAUAACACCUGAAAAAGAUUAUGAACUCAUAGAAAGUGGCAAAGUGCGCCAAUUUACUCUACACCACUGGCUGACUGUUUAAAAAGCAAGCAAACAGGAUGAAUUAUAUUAGUGACAUGAAGUGAACAAACAAGAAGACAACAAAAACAAUUGACAUUUUAUAAUUGGAUUAACUGGUUGAUGGUAUGAUCUAAUAUAUACCAGAAAAGACUUUCUUGACUAGAAAAUUUGCACAGUAUCUUUGGAAAACAGACAUAGGUAUUAUGCUCAUCGUGUUUUGGUGAACGUAGUAUAAUCUGUUAUUUGGUGCAGUACUAUAGUUUUAUUGAUCCAAGUGCCAAUAUUAUGUAGGUAGAUGAAGCUACGACCUAUACGUGUCUGGUGAAGUCUGCUAAUGAAGAAUAAAAAAAAAAAGAAUUAUUCACUCAAAAGCACAUGUGUAUGUAAAUAUCAACUGAAAUGUAACACACUGCAUCAGAAUUGUGCUUCUAGUUAUGAUUGAUAGAUGAAAAAUAAAUUCCAUUCCAUAUUUUUAAAAAAUAUUUAGUGUGUUGUUUUCUAGCAAUCUUAUUUUGCUAUUAUAGAGAUGUUACAGAAUAUGGUUGGGGGGUACUGGGAUACAACUAUAAAUUAUCUAUCGACCUAAAUGUCUCCCAUUCUUUAUCAUCUGUUCUGUCUAUGGUAUUUUAAAAAUAUAGUUGAAAGUGAUGAAACGUAAAUACAAAUGAGGAUUUGUAUGUUAGAGAAGCUGAGUAAGGAACUUUAAAAUAAAUAUUUAUAUCUAGUAUGUUAUCUUUUUUUUAUACAUCAUAGUAAUGUACGA